CUCUUGCGUGUUGCCUCGGAGAUGAGAGGCCGGCUGAGGAGGCUCCAUCCCCGGCUUGGAGCAACACCUGAGUCCCGCUGGACCUGGCUGGACCUGGCUGGACCUGGCUGGACCUGGCUGGACCUGGACCUCCUUUCUGUUGAUGGACUCUGUGCUGCUGGGACUAUGUGUGCACCGAGGCGAGGGGGCGUGUUCGUGUAGCAGUGUGUCAGCGCGGUGGCCCGCAGGAGUCGUGGCCAUGUGCCCGCCCUGAGCCCGAGUGAUGCCGGUGCAGGCGGCCCAAUGGACGGACUUCCUGUCCUGCCCCGUCUGCUACAACGACUUCGACGGCGGCGACCACCAGCCCGUCAGCCUGGGCUGCUCGCACACGGUGUGCCGCGGCUGCCUGCGCAAGCUGCACCGCAAGGCCUGCCCCUUCGACCAGGCGCCCAUCUGCAUUGACGUGGACCUGCUGCCCGCCAACCGCGCCCUGCUGCGGCUGCUCGGCGCCCAGCUUCCAGACGUGCAGACGGUCGGCCUGGGCGGCGCGGCGGACGUGUGUCACUACGAGGCCUGCAGGGGGUGCGUGGAACACCUGGCGCUCUACCUGCAGCCCAUCAGCGCCACCAAAGGGGUGUGUCCCUCCAGUGGCAGCGUGCUGAGUCGACCCAUGCAGAGGAAGUUGGUGACUCUGGUGAACUGCCAGCUGCUGGAGGAGGAAGGUCGUGUGCGGGCGCUGAGGGCGGGUCGCUCUCUGGGCGAGCGCACGCUCACAGAACUCAUCCUGCAGCACCAGAACCCCCAGCAGAUCUCUGCCAACCUCUGGGCGGCCGUGCGGGCGCGAGGAUGCCAGUUCUUGGGACCUGCCAUGCAGGAGGAGGCCCUGAAGCUGGUGCUGUUGUCUCUGGAGGACGGUUCUGCGUUGUCCCGGAAGGUUCUGGUUCUGUUUGUGGUCCAGAAGCUGGAAGGUCGCUUCCCUCAGGCGUCCAAGACCAGCGUGGGCCACCUGGUGCAGCUGCUCUACAGGGCCUCCUGCUUCAAGGUGACCAAACGGGACGAGGACUCGUCGCUCAUGCAGCUGAAGGAGGAGUUCCGGGCGUACGAGGCUCUGCGCCGCGAGCACGACGCCCAGAUCGUCCACAUCGCCAUGGAGGCCGGCCUCCGCAUUUCUCCAGAGCAGUGGUCCUCUCUACUCUACGGGGACCUGGUCCACAAGUCCCACAUGCAGUCCAUCAUCGACAAGCUGCAGUCUCCCGAGUCCUUUGCGAAGAGCGUCCAAGAGCUGACCAUCGUCCUGCAGAGGACAGGAGACCCUGCAAACCUGACCAGCCUGAGACCUCACCUGGAACUGCUGGCCAACCUAGACCACAAUCCUGACGAUCCAUCGCCAUCCUGGCAGGAAGUAGAAAAGGUGAUGUUGGCGGUGAAGGUGGUCGUUCACGGCCUCGUGGAGUUCAUACAAAACUUCACAAAGAAGACCCAGGACACUCCGCAGCUGCAGGGCAACAGCAAGUACAAGACCAGCAUGUGUCGAGACCUGCGGCAUCAGGGAGGAUGUCCUCGAGGAAACAACUGCACCUUUGCACACACGCAGGAAGAACUGGACAAAUUCCGAGUGAGGAACAAGAAGAGCAGCAGCGUGAGUCACACUAAAACGUUCCCCGUGGACGUCCAGACUGACGACUCUGCAGGCGAGGACGUGACCACGCAGCUGGCGUCCGCGAGGGGAGGGCCCACGAUGGAGGACGUGACGUGUGCGAGGGGAGGACCCACACGGGAGGACGUGACGUCCAGUAUGACCAGUAGCACCUCACUGGGCUCAGCAGACCAGUCCCCUUCCUCCCCGGCGAGUCCCGUCCGUCACGCCUCAGCGUCGCCCCCUGUGGGUGGGAGUGAUGAGACGGACAAACGUGGCGUCACGCUGAGGGUUCCUCAUCCUUCUCACGCCUCCGAGCUCAUCUACCCAGGACAACUUCACUAUCACACCAGCUGCUCCUUCUACGCGCCUGCACACAAGUCCUGCAUGGCUCGCUUCCUCAGAUCUUCCAACGUCCCAGAAUCCUCUCUGCCGCCUUGCUCCUUUCCUGACCACGCUUCCUCCUCUCCGCCCUCGGCGUACACGCCGUCGCGGCCGCCGCCUGGAGAGCGGAUGGUCCUCUUCCACCCCCACCCCGGGCAGCCCCGGUACGGUCCCCUGGUGUCCGCCCACGCCGUCUACGCCCCGCUCUACGACAGCAGGAGAGCGUGGAGGCCUCAGUUGUACCACCGAGAGGACGCCCGGAGUAACUCGCUGCCACCGGAGGUGCUCCAGUCGUCCAUCUACCAGCCCCCGCUCAGGGAGAGAUUCAACUCGCUGGACAGCAACUACUGCUCUGGACCGGACCACCACACCGGACUGCACAGGGACUAUGGCCGUGUUCCUUUGGGCUAUGAGGAGCUCUUCCGACGCAAGCAGGAGCAGUGGGCCCACCACCACCAGCACCACCAGCAGCACCACCAGCACCACCAGCACCACCAUGGCGCCAACAGGCCCGCCCCGUCCACCGCCAUCUUGGACAUGGACUUUGGAGCGGAGCAUGUGGACGUGUCGUGUGCGGGAUGUCGCCUGAGGGGCCAGGACGGCUCGGUGCGCUUCUCGCCGUGGUCAUGUGACGCCUCGGGGCCCGACACGCCCGCGCCGCGCUCCUGCCUGGAGCAGACGGAGGCAGGAAGCUGUCCGAGGCCAUGGCUGCACUCGUCAGAUCACUACAGGCGCCUCAAGGAGGAGGACCCCAUCAUCCCCUUCAGCGAGGGGCCCAUCAUCUCCAAGUGGGGCGCCAUAUCCAGGGCGUCCCGCUCGGAGUGCCACACCACCGACCCCGUCCUGGCCACCAGCUUUAAAGAUUGCAACUCUCAGGCGGAGCACAGGUGGAGCUCCAGAGGAUCCGACUCUUCCAGUCACUCCACUUUCAUCCACAGCGGGCAACUUAGUGCAGCGGAUCUGCAUCAGCACUCGCCCAGCCAGCGUCUGGUCUUCAGCCAGGAUCAGGAUCUGGAUCAGGACCAGGAUCAGGACGGAGUCAUCUGCUACCAGGAUGACGACCACCAGGAGUCUGGCCAGCACCGGGACAUUGAGCUGAAACUGCGCGCCCUGGACCUGGAGGACCCGGACGCCCAGGAGCUGAACCGUCAGGAGCCAACAGACCUUUCCUCCCCGUAUUCCGAGGAUGCCGCCAGCCUCCUCCCCCUAUCUUUGGGGGAGCAACGCCAUGCUGACAACCCUUCCACAGACAAGACGAACGCCCACCUGCUGAAAAAGAUGGCCUUCAGAGGGCGGCUGUCUCCCGCAGGUGCGACGUCAGGUGGUCCGGACAAGCUGGUGCUGAGGACUGGAACCCAAAGACCAGGCGGUGGCUGGUCGCCUCGGUCUUGCCCGGAAGCGGCGAUGCUGCUCGGUGGAAGCUGAGCUAAAGCAUUUGGAGGAGGAAGGUAUCCUUCUGGGACUUGGAUGGAUGACGUUGGAUGUUUACCAUCCAGCUGCCGUGGUUUAACGCAACACCUUUUGUUAUAUUUGUGCCGCAAACAAUACUUUUAAAGUACUUUUUAAUAUUGCUGGUGCCCUGACAACGUUGUACUUACCGUACUCCUCUUCUUCGGCAGCCUUGCAUGGCAAUAUGUUAGCAUGUUAGCACGUUAGCCAGGUGUCGCUUUGUGGUCUUUAAUCCCAGUUAGCUGUUAGCAGACCUCCGCCAAGGCUUCAGCACACAAAAUCAGGCAGUUUUUUGUGUGUACCGUAUUUUCCGCACCAUAAGGCGCCCUGGGUUAUAAGCCGCGCCUUCAAUGAACGGCAUAUUUCAAAACUUUGUCCACCUAUAAGCCGCCCCGUGUUGUAAGCCGCAUCUAACUGCGCUAAAGGAAUGUCAAAAAAACAGUCAAAUAGGUCAGUCAAACUUUAAUAAUAUAUUAAAACCAGCGUGAUGUGGGC